AUGGUGACCUUUGCUGAGACGACACAGGUCUCCCCUAUGGAGCUGCGUGAGCCGCCCUGCCUGACUGCGACCCUGUCCCCUGGGCUGCGACGGAAAAAGAUGCUGUGGCAGAAUGCUGUAAAACACAUCAUGAUCCAGCAGGAGCUCAGCGCCCAGGUUGGUGUGGAACCAGCACGCAAAAUCUUUGUGACGGACACCUACAUGGAGGAGAUCAACAGACAAAUCCGCAACAAGGCCUCACGAGGGGUCACGAAACGCCGCUCCUCCACAAUCAGAGUCCACCCUACCCAGGCCCGCAGUUCCACCAGCACACGCAGCAGCAUUGGAGGUUCUUUUAACGACUAUGCCAGCGAUGCAGAUUUCUUUGUGCACUGGGGUCACACUAUUCGUGGUGUCUGCAUACCCACCCUGGGUCACACCUUUAGGUCUUGUGACCUGGAGAAACUCUACCAGCAACACUCCUCUCACCAAAGACGCAACUCCUUAGCUAUCACAAAUGUAAUCGAUGCUGUGGCCAAGCUACAUGUGUUGGUUCUGUACCUCGCACUGGCCCCAGAAACAGUCACGGACACUGUGCGUGGCUGCCUGACGGGCGUUUUCAUGGUCUUAGCUAUAGCAUUGUGCCUCGUGGUGUUAACCUGCAAAGACUCCAUGUCCCCGCGGUGGCUCCACUAUGCUGGCCUAGCUAGCUGGCUGUCACAGACCAUGCAGGUGUUGGGAGGACUGGUAUAUGGACUAGAAAAGGACCCGUCAUGGUACGUUUUGUUCACAUUGUUCGCCACAUACACGCUGCUGCCGUUACCUCUGCUGUGGGCCAUGUGCGCCGGCUCCUUAACCUCAGUACUGCACCUUCUGGUGGAGAUAUUGCGCUACUACAAUGAUGCAGUGCUUUUGAAAAAGGUGUUUGCCAAAGGGCUGCUGUACCUGGGUAUGAACACAGCUGGCUUGUUCAUCCACUACCUGACAGACCACGUUCAGAGACAGGUGUUCCUGGAGACACGACGCUGUAUUGAGGGUCGCCUCAAACUAGAGCAAGAGAACCAGAGACAGGAGCGUCUGGUGCUGUCAAUCCUGCCUCGCUUUGUUGCCUUGGAGAUGAUUGCUGACAUGAGCUCUUUGGAAGAUGAACUCAAUCCUCAGGAGUUUCACAAGAUCUAUAUCCACCAGUACAAAGACGUCAGCAUCCUUUUUGCAGACAUCAAGGGUUUCACUCUACUGUCCAUGAACCUGUCGUCACAGGAUCUGGUUCGAACCCUCAAUAAGCUCUUUGGACGCUUUGACCGACUGGCAGAGGAGCACCACUGCCUGCGAAUAAAGUUACUGGGAGACUGUUACUACUGUGUGUCAGGGGUCCCUGAGCCACAGCAAGCCCAUGCCCGUCACUGCGUUGAGAUGGGCCUGGCUAUGAUCAACACUAUACGGUGCGUACGGAAGCAGUUAAACUUUGACCUGGACAUGAGGAUCGGGAUCCACACAGGAUCCGUCUUAUGUGGGGUGCUCGGGCUGCAGAAAUGGCAGUUUGAUGUCUGGUCCUGGGACGUGGGCAUCGCCAACAUGCUGGAGGCCGGGGGAAUACCAGGCCGCAUCCACAUCUCAAGGGCGACUUUGGACAGUCUACAGGGCACCUACAAGACAGAGGAUGGUCAUGGCCGUGACAGGAACGAGUUUCUAAGGAGACACAGCAUCGACACUUUCCUCAUCUGCCCUCAGGAGGAAAGGAACAAUGUUGACCACACUGAGCCCCCCAAAGUUCAGAAAACAAAUCGGACUUGGAACCCUGAGAUACCUUUCGGGAACGUCAUUGACAUGAACAGUAUCCUGGCCUCCUUUACAAACGGUUCGCUUCCCAACAUCUGGCAGUCCACCUCCAAAGAGAUCAACAAACGCAUCAAACAUGCUAUAGAGGUUCGAAGCAGUGAGCGAAUGCACAAGGAGCACAUCACACCACUGACCCUGGUGUUCAAGGACACACACAUUGAGGACAAGUUCUCCCAGAUGAGAGACGAAAUGUUCAACUCCAACUUGGUCUGUUCAUUCAUCAUGCUCCUCUUUCUCAUGGCUGCCCAGGCCCUCAUCUCUGCACCCAGGUUGUUCCCAGCCAUCCUCCAGUUUUCAGUCUUCCUCCUCGCCUACAUGCUGCUGCUGCUGUUGGCCCUGGCUGAAGAGUUCAAGUGGACUCCUCCAGCACUGCAACACUUCUGCUGCUGGAUGCAUGAAAACAACAGUGCCCGCAACCUCCUUACCCUCACUGCCAUCAUCAUCAACUUUGGCUUGGCCUCUACUGACAUGGUAUGGUGUAUUUUCACAAACACAGUAGAGGCUGACAUGAUGGACAGAACCGGCACAGCCUCUCGUCCUCUCACUGUCUGCACCUACCCUGAGAUCUUUGUGUUGAGUGGUGUGAUCGCCAUGGUGACCUGUGCCGUGUUCCUGCGUCUAAACUCUCUGCUCAAGUUGGCGGUCUUGCUGCUGGCGGUGGCUGUAUACUCCUACCUCAUCCACCUGGCCUUCCUCGCACUCGCACGCCAUGACAUGCUGCACAGGUCUCACUAUGUCAGGAGGAAAGGAAUCUCCAUCCUUCUCAUGAUGAUGUUCAUUGUUGCUGUCUUCUACAAUGGACGACAGUGGGAGGCAACUGCCAGGCUGGACUUCCUGUGGCGUCUGCAGGCCCAACAGGAAGUGGAGGACAUGAGAGAGUUGCGGGAACACAACGAGUGUUUGCUGCACAACAUCCUGCCUGUGCACGUAGCGCGACAUUUCCUGGACCGGAGCAAGAAUGACGAGGAGCUGUACUCCCAGUCCUAUGAUGAAGUGGGUGUUAUGUUUGCCUCCAUCGCUGGGUUCAAUGAGUACUUUGAGCAGAAAGAGAUCAAACAUGAAGGAGUGGACUGCCUCCGACUGCUGAACGAGAUCAUUGCUGGCUUCGAUGAGUUGUUGGAGGAGUCGUACUUCUGCUACGUGGAGAAGAUCAAGACCAUCGGGAGCUGCUACAUGGCCGCCUCUGGCUUAGCUCCAGACAGAGAGGUGUCCAUGGAUGAAUGGAACCACCUGAGUGAGCUGGUUUUGUUUGCGUUGGCAAUGCAGGAGACCUUGAAAGAGAUUAAUAGGCACACUGCCAAAAACUUUCAGCUGCGUGUGGGCAUUGCCCAUGGGCCGGUGGUCGCAGGUGUGAUCGGUGCCACCAAGCCACAGUAUGACAUCUGGGGGUCAACGGUGAACCUGGCCAGCCGCAUGGACAGCACAGGUGUUAGCGGACGCAUCCAGGUACCUGAGGCCACGCGCAGGAUCCUGGCAGAAUGGGGCUUUGUCCUGGAGCUACGUGGAGAAAUAUUUGUCAAAGGGGUGAGUGAGCGUCAGGGGAAAGUACGCACAUAUUUCAUCAGCACCAUGCGCAGUAAGACGACCAACACCGCAACAGAUGGCCGCAUGAGGGGGCGGACAGCAGGACGCCUGACGCUGGCAGGAGUGGUGUUUGGUCUCGUCCAGGCCAGACACAAGGAAAAGAUGAGGGAGACCAACGGGGGGUUCAGCCUGACUCCCUGCGCCCUGCAAUGCGGAGGGGACUGUUAG